AUGGCGCUGGUGGUGCGUGUUCACUUCCUCAAGGCCCCCGCGCGCAACGUGGUGGUAAAGGAGCCGCGGGAGAAGAAGAUGCGAGCAAUCAAGGACGAGGGCGAACCCAGCGACUACGAAGGCUUCCUCCACCACCCGCGACGCGUGCUCGCCGGGGUGGUCGGUGACGACCCCGCCGAGGACACCACUGCCUCGACACGCGAUGAAUCGUCGCCGCGCCCCCCGGCCUCCAGCGCGGUGGAGAUGUGCUGGCUUCGCGACGAUGAGUAUCUUCCCCUCCCCGACGGCGUGAGGCCCAAGGUGGUGAAGAUCAAGUGCUACGAUAAGGCCAAGACGGUCCUGAUUGACUUCACCGUCCCGCUGCGCGACUGGCUGCCCCUCGUGCGCAAGAAGUUUGACCGCGAAGACGACACCGAACUCACUCUUUACCUGUCCGGCGAGUCUCAACCGCUGGACGUGGGCCAGCCACUCUUUGAUCAGGAGCAGCUGAGCCUCGGCAUCGUGCUGUGCCUUCGACGGCCCGACGACCCCGUGGACAAGCCCACGCCCUGGUUCAAGCACCGCGCUGCCCUGUCUCUCACCCGCGGCGGCCUCCUACGCGACACAGCCUCAAAUGCCAAGGGAUCCACACUCAAUUCCCCGUCAGCGAUGUCCGCCGCGACCAGCGAGGAUGUAGCCGGUGCACUCGCAUCGCCCAAUUCGGCGAUGCGAGGCAUCAUCUACAUAUACGCCAACAACAAGCACAAAUGGGAGAAGCGAUGGUUCGUGCUGGACAACGACCUUCUGUUCUACUACAAGAAUGCCUCGGAGGGGAAGGCGACGGAUGUGAUCGAUGUACAACAGUAUCUGCUGAAGGAGGGGGAGGUGAAGAAGAAAUCCUACGCGUGGGACCUCAUCCUCUCGCCCAACGCCAAGCUCGAGAACGUCGAUGGCAAGAAGCUGCAGAACUACUCCCUCAAGUCCGAAUCGGCCUUGGAGAGGAAAGAGUGGAUGGCGGCCCUGCAGAAGAUCAUGGAUCGAAGCGGAAGCAAGAACGGGCCGAUGCCCUCGCCUCCGCCACUGCUGACCGCCACCUCGGCCAAUCUCUCUGUAAAGAAGAUCAAGAAAGAUCGAGCAGAGAUGCUCUUCGGGCGGCAGCUGGAGCUCGCUGUACACAACCCCGAUGGCUCACAGAUCCCUGCCCUCAUCGUCAAGUGCAUCAACUACAUCGACAACGAACGAAUAUUGGCGGUGGAGGGCAUCUUCAGGCUCUCGGGUAGUGCGGUGCUGAUGGACAAAUACGCCGCCCGGUUCGACAAGGGCGAGGAUGUGGACCUCACGCCGGAGCAGGACCCGCACACGGUGACCGGCCUGCUCAAGUACUACUUCCGAGAGCUGCCCGAGCCCCUCAUGACCAUCCCACUCUACGAACACUUCAUAUCCGCCUCAGGCACAACCGACAAAGCGCUGCAACUGCGCUUCUUGCGCCAUCUCGUCAAUCGACUACCGCCCAUCAACAAAUCGCUUCUCCACUAUCUCUUCUCCUUCCUCGUUCGUGUGGCCGCCAACGCCGACAAGAACAAGAUGGCGCCCACAGUGAUCGCCACAGUGUUUGCCCCCGCCCUGCUCAGGCGUGCUGACCAGGACCCGAUCGCAGCGAUGGCCGACACGCCAAAGAUCAACUCCAUCGUGGUGGUCCUCAUCCAGGAAUUCGAAUACGUGUUCAGGGGCAAGGACAUCGACCCGCGAUUGACGGCCAAGGGAAUGGGCGCUGUGUGCUGUCGGGCGCAACACGACUACGAGGCCAAGUCGCCCGACGAGCUCGCCUUUGCGCAGGGCGCGGUGAUGAGGAUAGUGGUGGAGGACCACACCUGGCCCUACUGUGAAUCCAAGUCAGGGAGCUUCGGGCGGAUACCUUCGUCGUACGUGCAGGUCAUGACCAUGGAGCAGAGCCAGGAAUACGCCGAACAGCAGCAGAUCAAGCAGAGGACGAAAAAGGCGAUCGAGGAAAACGAAGAACAGCAGAGGGAGCUCAAAGCGCUGAGCGAGGAGAACGAGGAGCUGGCGAAGGAGUUGGACUUCUACAUGCUGCGGGAGGUGCUGCUCCCGGUGAUGGAGAAGAGCAUCGUGAUCCGGGACGAGGAACAGAGCCGCGACAGGACGGGGAGGAGGCCCCAACGGAAGCUGCCCGACGGCGACGCCGACAAGAAGGAGGAGGUCCUCCUCGCCGACUUCCCCAAAUACCUCGACAAAUUCUUCAUGGAGAGCGAGAACCAUCGUAGGGCGCUGGACGCGGUGGGCACGGCGAAGGACCAGUUCCUGACGUCGCUCGAGAUGUUCCUGGGCGCCAUCCCCGUGGCACGCCACAAGAAGGAGAAGUACCAGAAGCUCCGCCAGUCGGCCCAGGUCAUCAAGGACAAGACCAAGGCCGAGGCCUUCUGUCGAAUGGAGCUGAGCGAGCUCAAGGACGACAUCAUCAGGGAUCUGACUGAGCUGCAAGGUGCGCUCAAGUUCUCCGUCAAGAGGUCGUGGACCGAGGAGGAAGAGGAGCAGUACUCCCCACUUGCCAAGGUGCCUACCAACCAUGUGACCUGA